CUUUUUUGCUUUCAUUCGAGAUUGCAUGACGGCAAGAUUUAUUUAUACACAUAAUGACAAGCAAUACGACAAGGAUAGCAUCUGGUUCAUCAUCCGAACGUGAUGGACCAGAAUGCCUUUUACGACAUGCAAAUGAAGUACGUAGACAUGCAAAUUUGGAUACAUUGGAUGCAUAUUUAUCGCAAUCGGGUUAUUCAUGGAUCGAAAUGAUGAUGAGUCAUGCAAAAGAUUCAAUUGAAAAUUAUCAACAAAGAUCUCCACAAAAAUCAAACAGUGCAACCGAAAGACAAGCAUUCGAACAUCAAAUGGCUGCCGAUUUACUCAAAACACCUUCGCCGAAAAAGAAGAGAGCAGCAGCAUUACGACAUAAACUUCCUUCUGCAAGGCCACAAAUGCACACUUCACAGUCAAAUGAUCCAUUCUCUGACGAUGCAAAUAAGGAAAAUCAGACCACCCUGCCAUCCUCAACUCUAAAGAACAACGUCAAAGAGAAAAACAUCAAGGAUGUAAGCGACGCCAAAGAUGAAGUCAAAGAACCUCAGAGAAAUACAAGGGCCAGAGGAGAUAAGUCGCAACUUGUACAGCUACCAAAUCCUUUCUUGCCUCGAUCAUCUGCUGAAACGAACGUAGAACAGUCGAGUAAGCCUGCAGAGGAAGAAAGCGUUGCAAAGAAAGCCAAAGAGCCCAAGAAGCAGGCCGUCAAAGCAAAGACCAAGACGAAAGCAAAACCUGUAACUGAAAAUGCAACAGAAGCGAAGUCAAAGGAUAACAAACAAGAGAUCUUGCGCGAGAAGGAGGUCAAGGCAGAUGAGAAAGCUAUGCCUGCUCCCACGGCUGCAGCCGUACAGAAGGAGGCACAAGCGACCGAGUUCGUGGAUGACUCUCAAGAGGUGGAAUACAGUCUGCAAGUUGCGUCUCAUGAAGAUCUGGCCGCCAGUCGGAACGGAAGUCACUCGCAGCGUAUUCAGCCAUCUCAAUCUAUACAAAAGCUUGCAGAAAUUCCUGAGCCUAUCAUUGAGAAGGAGACUCCACCUCCGAUCGAAGAUGAGGAAAGAAGCGAUGAUGAAUACGAGAUCAAACGACCGACACGAGAGAAAUCUGAAUCACCUUCACCUCGGGAAUCCACGCCGCCUCCAUUGAGCCCUACAAAAGCCCAAAGAGCUGCACAAACAGUGAUGGCACGGGAAAAGUUGGAGGAAAGUCUACUCAAAUUAGCUUCUGAUGAUGAAGAUAGCGAGGACGAAGUAAGCAUGUCUGAAGUUCUUAUGAAAGGAACAUCAGGUGCGCCAAAGGCUGCAAAACCAUUGAAUAGCCAAGCCGCACGGAAAGAACUUCAGCAGCCGACCAAAGCAGCAGAAGAUGAUGAUGCUGGAGAUGAAUCUACCGUUGAGGAAGAGGCGAUCUUGGAGCAAACAAAAGUGCAAAAUGCAGCAGCACCAAAGCGAACGCUUUCAUCAAUUGCUCACGCAAAGAAAUCGAUCGCUGGUUCAUCUUCUGGUGUACGACAACAAGGCAGGAGUUCAUCAAUGGCACCAUCAGCUUUUACAGGCGGAGCGAAGACCAGCUUCUUGUCAAAGAGUAUCAUGAAAGUGGAGCAAGACCAGAAAUCUCUCGAUGAUAGCUUAGAACUUAUUGCAUCUUCAAGCUCGAGCCCAAGAUCAUCUGAAUUGAAGAAACUUGAUGAUAAAAAGCGUAAGAGCGAAGAGGCUGAAUUGGAAACGGUUGAGGAUGCACCUGUGUCAAAGACAGCAAAAAGAAAUGCUGACGAAGAGGAAGCAGAGCUUAAGACGACCAGCAAAUCCAAGCAAACAGAAAGCAAGCCUACACAAGAGGAGAAGCAGAAGAGCACCACAGGUAGUCAAGCACAAUCCUUCAGACAGAAGAUUGAAAGUUUCAGCACCAACAAAACUUCCAAUCUCACAACGAAUGCAUCUUCUUCUCAAACGAAAUCUUCGCGCAACUUCUCUUCCAUGUCAACGCAUUCGGUUGGUUUAGGUGCAACAAAGAUCUCAAGUCCAAUCUUCUCCCGAAGCAACUCUCAGAACACCAUUGCACCAGAACCUCAAUCGCCCAGUCAUGAUGUUGCAAAGGUCAAAGACAGCGUUCAACGAUCGCCCAAAGCGGCAAAAUCUGAUGCUAAGAAGGAUCAAGCCGUACCGGAAAAGGUCAAAGAACCAGUGUCUACCACACCUCUCAACUCACCCGGUCCUUCAGCGCUAUCCUUGUAUCCCAAGUUGAGCGAGCUGCAGAAGAAGCAAAGACAGGCAACGAAAUCCACCUCACCGGUCAAAGCUGUCAAGCAAGCUGCAGCCAAAGAGAAACAGGUGGAGGAUGAUCUAUCGGAUAGCGAUCUAGGAGCGUAUGAUACCUCAACAGAUGGAGAUUUAAGCUUGGUAGAUUUGGUGGACAACAAUGCGACAAUGAAAGCAUCUGCAACCGCACCUAGACCACCAGGAACAAGCCUUCGGCCUAUGUCUGCACUUCCAAAGACGACUGGUACCGCUCCUCCUUCUGCGCAAAAGGCAUCUGCUUUCAUGCCAAGCAGUACUGCUAAUGCAAAAACAAGCAGACCAGUAUCACGAUUGGGAAAACCAAUCGAAGAUCAAUCUGUCUCGUCAGCUGUUUCGACAGCAUCUUCGAAUACUGCAGCAAGUACGGCAACAACAUCUUCGUUGAACAAUAGUAUUCAUGCAAGUUGGGGUGGAAGUAUAAGCUCUAAAUUGAAGGGUAUCCUUGGUUUCUCCUCUACUAGCCCAGGCAAGAAUACUACGGCAACUCCACAUAUGUCUGCUUCCACAAGUACAAAACCAUCUUCGAUCAAGAGCAAGCAAGGGUCUGGUCCAAUUAGCAUUCCAGCACGCAAAGAAUCCUUCAUCUCAAGCAGUCAAGGUAAUACAGGCUCACGGAUAGGAACAACGGCACAAACAUCAACUGCAACGGAAAAGAAACCUGCCAGCGUUGUCAGAGCAGAUUUGGCAAAGAAGAAGGAAGCUGAACAAGCUGAAAAGAGAGUCAAAGAAAAAGAAGAAAGAGCUAAAGCGGCAGCAGCAGUAGCAGCGGCGGCAGAAUCAGCCAAGAAACGAGUAAGAGAUGAACAAGCACAACAAGCUGCAAAGAAUAAGCCUGCUAGUGUUGGACCUGCAGCCGGAAAAGCAAUCUCGUCACAAUCUGCUCAACGACCAGUGGAUGUUGCCAAUCAACCUGAUGCAAAGAAGCGUAAGUCGAAUGAUGGCGUGGCAGUUCCGACAAAGAUGCCGACAAUCACAAAGCAAGCUUCUUCACAAGCACUCAAGACGAAAGCAUCAGCUACUUCUGUUGCCUCCUCUCAAAUCAACAAGACAGCAUCCAUGAAAGUCGCUCAGGCGAAUCCAACACCAAAUGUCUUUAGCAAUCAUAAUUCAUUCCAAAGUGCUCAAAGCAGUCAACAACAGCAAGCUUUGGCAGCUGUUUCACAACAGAUGCAAAUCCACAAAGCAAAGAAUGUCGUGCAAGCAACUAGUCAAAACAUUCAAAUGCUUUCACCUAAUUCAAAGAUGAAAGUUGCUGCGACAGGUCAUAUCGAACUGGAAGAACCCGAUAGUGCCUAUAGCGAUAGUGAAGAUGAAGAAACGAUUCGAAAACGUUUGCAACACAAACCAUGGGAGACCCGAGAAGGAUUAGCAAGCGCAUUAGAAGCACAAGCAGAUAUUGAUGCAGAUUUGAUCUUUGGUAUUCCGCAAGGUGCUGUUCCUUUGGAUGAUAUUUUGCCUGCUCAAUCUGAACAUGCACGUGUACGUAGAAUGCGACCAAGAAGUUCAAGUGCAACUUGGAGUCGUGAUGGAUUGAAGCAAUUUGAGAUCGAUCGUUAUAAUGAAAGAAUGGGAAUUAAAGGACCAGGGGCAACAUUGAACGGAAACACAGUCGGUUCGGGUAUUUCAAAAGAUGACGGAAGUGGAACUCCAAAUAGAGCUGGUCGAAUGAGCGCUUUGGCACAAUCUGCUAUCGCUCAAGGCCAAAUGUCAAGCAAAAAGCAACGUCAUCAAUAAACUUUUAUUUGCUUGCAAUUUUCGCAAAUCUUUUGAACACUUGUAUGAUAUCAUUAUAGUAUUAGUAAUUUACAG